UCAUUGCGCAUCGCUGCUCUGGUGGUCUGCUACAUGGGUAUUCACAUUUAGCUCUAUUUUAGCACUGAGAGGUGUGCGGUAGUUCAUCUUUGUGUGGGAUAUAUUGAUUUGUGUUUCAUACUUGACAAUGAGAACAGUGAUUAGCAAUAUGAGCCAUCUGAUGGCUAGAGAACCUAUAAUAUUUUUUUUCUCACUAGUUAUCUUUACUAAGGCCUCGGCAAUACCAAGCGGCUCAGGAGACACAAAUCAAAUCCUCUCUGAUGACUUCUCAUUAGGUACAAAGAAUCAAACAUCGACGAAUAACAACAGUUCCUAUCAGCACAACGUUUCAGUGGGUGUCGACAUUUACGGACUGCAAAGGGAAUUGUCUGGAAUGGCAAGUAGAGAUUUAUUUGAUCAUCUUGAACCAACAUUUUUGAUCACCUCCAGCCCCGACCAAAUAGAUCCCUGGGUAUUGAAGCUAUCCGAGGGAUGGCUGCACAAUAUGUCACUGAAUCGUGAUGGCCCAGUUUACAUCCUUGUAUAUGGCUGGCAUUCAUCUGGCAAUUCUUCCAACAGUUUUGCGACCUCUUCUCUUGUGUCGAGCUUGACGUGGGUGUUGACAGGCGAGCUGUUAAGGACUAGUGUUACAGCUAACGUGGUAGAGAUGGACUGGAGAGUCGGCGCCAGUGAGGACUAUAAAAAGGCGAGAAGGAACGCCAAGUUCGUGGCUCGAAGAUGGCUCGCCCGUUUCAUCGAGAGCUUACAGCGGGUCCACGGUAUUCCUCAAAGCAAAUUUCACUUGAUAGGACAUAGCAUGGGGGCACACCUGUGUGGCUUUGCCGGGAAAUUUUUGCAGAAAAAAUAUCGCAUCAAUGUCGGAAGGAUAACAGGUCUAGACCCAGCAGGACCUGGGUACGCAAGAAAGAGUAGUUCAGGACGACUUGACUACAGCGACGCACAUUUUGUGGAUGUCAUCCACACCGACACGUACGGGUUAGGGCACUUGGGACUGGCUGAGCCCAUCGGGCACCUCGACUUCUACCCCAACGGCGGGGGAUCACAACCAGGGUGCUCGGGAGGACUGUUGGAGCUGCAAUACCACCGCCAGAGCAAAAUGCUCAAAAAUGGGGUUCAGGGCUAAACCCAUGAACAUACCCCCAAAGUCCAAGCUUUUUGUCCAUACCGGGUAUUCUCCUCCAU